AACAAAGUAUUCUUACAUACAAGAGGAAAAACUAUCACUACAACACACACGGGAAAUUGCAGCCGAAAAUUGCCAGUCAUUUCUUGAACCGCUGUGAAUUGGUGGGAUACCAGCGGUUCUAUUAGCAUUUUUAAGCUCCGUUGUAAAUCAGUCACAAUAGCGCUUGUUUGGUAUUCCAACAGCAGCAAAUAACAUUUUGUCGAUUUGAAUAAAAACCCCUCGCCUUCAAUAUUCGGGAGCCAGUCUUCUCGUUUCAUGCGAACCCAAAGGGAGCAAAGGCGUGAAUCUCACUCUCGAAUCCUUGCCGGCAUGUAGCUCUCCUUCAGCUGCUACGUCUUUCCCCAUCACCGAUCUGCUUCUCCGCCGUUUAGCUCCCGAGUGCGAAAGAGAACUGGAAGGGCGCAAAACCAUCGUUCUUCCCUCCUCCAUGCUCAUCUGUGUCGUCGUGAAGUCGCAUGGCUGCCCAUUCGUCUUGGUGUUGUGGUCAUUGUCCUCGUCAUCCUUCCCCCUUGCCCUAUUGUGCGCUACUCAAUCACCCCUUUCCUUUUCACUGUGAUCUUACUCGUACCUGGCCUCCCUGUGGUAGCUUUUCUUCUUCCCAGUCCAUGCUCCUGUUAGAUGCCUUUAACAAAGACAGGGCAUCUUUACCUCAACCUCUGCCAAAUCCACCUCCUUUGGCUCCCAUUCCUGUUGCUGCUCCUGACCCUCGAACACAAGAGAUGAUAAAUGAGAAGUUGAAGAAAGCCGAGGACCUUGGCGAGCAAGGAAAGGUUGAUGAGGCGCAAAAAGCAUUGGAAGAAGCCGAAGCACUUAAGAAGUGUCAACUUCCGACCAGGCAGGAGCCUGUAGUGGAUAAUUCAAAUUCUUCAAAAUAUACAGCUGCUGAUAUGCGAAUUGCUUAUCAGAAGCUAUGCGUAUGUGACAUAUGUGGAGUACUUUUGAGUGUAUAUGAUAGGAAUGUUUGUUAGGCCAUUUGAGUUCAAAGACAGUAGUAUGUUACUCAUCAAGUAGAGUUCUUACCUGCUGUUGAUCUUAUAUUGAAUGACAAGUCUAAAAUCAAGAAAGUGAUCAAAGAACUGGAUGAGAAAAAAGGAUACACUAAAUGUGAUCUGAGUCAAAGUAAACAAUACUACCAGGUACGAUGGCUAAGUUAGAACCUCCAGAAGGAUGUAGUUUUCUUGAUAGUCUUGAGGUUUGGGUUGCAUUUGGAGGUGUUUGGAAAUAGUCAUUAUCUGAAUUAAGUGGAGGUCAAUGAUCCCUUGAGG